AUGUUGCUACAGCUACCAAUCAUAUCAGUCUUGGUUGCUCUUGUCUCGGCACGUAAGAUAGGAUCGUUCAACAACAUGACAAUUCAGUUCUUCACCGCCGACCAAGACUGCGACAAAGACACCAAAGCACCCAUCCUCACAACACGCGACACUCCGCCAGACCUCGUCUGCUUCAACCUCACCGACACUUUCUCCCCCGGCAACAAGACAUUUUCCGGCAUCCAGAAAGCCUACAGAUCAUGGGAAGACCGUAACUCCAACGUCAGCUAUUACCUGGAGCAAAAUGACUUUGACUCCAGCCUGAAUUAUACCCAGAUUCGCUUUGCGCUACCUGGGAUGGAGCCCGGUGAAGAAAAGGCACAGUGGGUGCUUUGGACUUAUCCCCAUCUUAACUGUGAGACUGUACUGAAGGAUGUUGAUCCUGUUGAGUUUCCUUGCCGAAAAGCCAUGGCAGAGAUCUUGGGCAUAGUAGCGGGUGCUACGCAGCUGCUGGACCUCAGUGCCCGUCUUGCGCUCGCAUCAUCGCAGCUGUAUACUAACCUGAAGAACGUGCCCGAAGAAAUUGAGACCCUCAAAAAGAGUACCCAGGAUUUUUACGAUCUCUUGUGGAUGAUCAGUGGCGACUUAGAUGGUCCAUUAAAUUCACGCCCCAAUUCCCUACACGUUACCCACCGUAUCGUCUCAAUCUUUAAUGAUGCGAUGAGGGAAUCGGAAGAGCUUGCAAUUUUGUUGGAGCGUCUGUCCGUCAAGUCUUCACGCUCGGUCAAACGCAUUUGGUCGUCGGUAGCAGGCCUGAAGGAAAAGACUGAGAUUGCCGACCGAGGCCGCCGAAUCGAGAGUUUAAAAUCUUCGAUACAAAUGUGGUAUCAACAUCAGGGCAUCAUGAGAUUGCGAGCCGUCGAGCAUCAACUCUUACAACGCAGUCAAACCUAA